GAGUGACGUAUGUGUUAUGUGUUUAUGAAUUUCAUUUACUAUCUUAUUAAUGUGAUUUAUAUAAUGAAGUGAGAACUGUUUUAUCAUAUUAUCAUCUUAUCUGUUUGUCGUCAUUUUGAUGAUGAGGGGUAAUCAGUCGUGGUAGGAGGAGCGCGACAUGAAUUCUGACGUGCACCGUCAUCAGGCGCACCCGCCAUUGGCACAGCACGGAGUGCACGCGGGCUCCCAGGGUGUGGGUCCCUGCGGCUGGUACUCGGCAUCAGCUGCACCAGCCCCCACUGCACCGGCCCGGCUCAAGCGCACUCAGCCCCCUCACCAACUACCAUGUGGAGGCAGUGUGAGCGGUAGUAAUGGGCCACACGCGCCUCUCUCGCCCACCGCAUUGCAGAAUUCCAUUCCACAUAACAUUGUGAUGUCGUCGUCGGUACGGACGCCGGCGCCGCCCGGGCCUGCGCCCUCCGCCAUGCACACCUCGCAGACGACAUCUGCUGUGUCGAAGGGGCCGAGCGAUGUGUUGGUGAACUCGACGUGCGUGAAUCCUCCACCGGCCGGCAACAGGCUCAUCAACAUGACUCAGUGGCCAUGGCACCACGGCGCGAUAUCCCGCGAGCGCGCGGAGGCGUUACUGUCGGGCUCUCCGGACGGUGUGUUCCUGGUGCGGGAAAGCACCAAUUUUCCCGGCGACCACACGCUCUGCGUGCGGUAUCGGGGCCGGGUCGAACAUUAUCGAGUAAAAUGGGCGACAGCUCCUGACAACCAAAAUCAACGUCUAACAAUAGACGACGAAGAGUUUUUCGAUAAUAUGACGGAUUUAAUCCAUCACUACUUACAAGAUGCUGACGGUCUGUGCACUAAGCUAGUGCGGUGCUUGCCGAAGGCCUUGCCCAAUGGCGCUAACAAUAACGGAGUUCUGCAGCCGUCCUACCCGCCUCAUCCGCAGCAACCGCCGCCCUACCCCCCUACGCCGAGCGUGUCUAGCGCGCUGAGCUCGGGUCACUUCCAGCACACGUACUCCACGCAGAUGGCCUCCUCCGACCAGACGGACAGCUCGUUACAACCGCAGAACUUUGUCGAUGCACGCUGGAAAAUAGACGAGCGUGACCUUGAGAUUCGUGAGAACAUUGGCAAGGGAGAGUUUGGAGAUGUUAUGCUGGGCAUACUGAACGGCUCGCAGAAAGUCGCGGUAAAGAUCCUCAAGGAUAGAGAAGCUGCCAGCAAGUUCCGCGCGGAAGCUAGCGUUAUGGCGUCGCUAACGCACGACAACUUGGUGCGACUGCUGGGGCUGGUGUUCACGUCGAGCGGCAGUACGUGCAUAGUGACGGAGCAUUGCGCGCAGGGCUCAUUGCUCGACUACCUCCGCUCCCGGGGCAGGCACUACGUCACGCAACUCAACCAGAUCAAUUUCGCAUAUGACGCGUGUUGCGGUAUGGAAUACUUGGAAGGAAAGCGUGUCGUGCACCGUGAUCUGGCGGCUCGUAACGUGCUCAUAUCCGCGGAGGGUACAGCUAAAGUGGCAGACUUCGGCCUGGCUAGGAAUGACGCCACCAUGGACGACCCCGCCGAGGCUGCGCGCCUACAGGCCAAGCUGCCCAUCAAGUGGACCGCGCCAGAGGCCCUCAAGUACAACAAAUUUUCUAACAAGUCUGACAUGUGGAGUUUCGGUAUUCUUCUUUGGGAGAUAUAUUCAUUUGGAAGAGUUCCCUACCCUCGAAUUCCCCUGGCGGAGGUAGUGCGGCACGUAGAACGCGGGUACCGCAUGGAGGCGCCGGAGGGCUGCCCGGGCGGGCCGUACGAGGUGAUGCGCGCGGCGUGGCACGCCGACCCGGCGGCGCGGCCCACGUUCGCCGCCACGCGCCACCGCCUCGCCGCCAUACGCGACGCCGCGCACCAUGCACAGCUCGCGCACGCCGCGCAUCCCGCGCCAUAGCAUCCUCUACCGGGCAAACCGGCGGGCUAUAGAGCACGGGACUUGAUGAAUUAGUGUAAAAUGUACACACGGGAAAGGUAUAGUGCUGUGACGGUGGCGAGAUGUAUUUUAUAUUAAUUAAUACAUACUGUAAGUACUAAAUUAUUUUAAUAUGUUUGAAGACACUCCCUCGCUAAGAAUAUUUGUAAUGUAGAUUAGAUAAUGUGUAAUUUUGAUGUGUUGUACAAGAAUGUGUGUGAGAUGUUAGGUGUUGGAGGACCUUUUAGUGGAAAUUAUUCUACUUACCACAUACUUAACAUAAAACCAGAUGACCAUUAUGUUAAUCACUCCACGAUUAGUCAGGGAAUCAGGGAUUUAUUAUCCAUCUUCUGCUUUUUUUGUAUCAAGUUUAAGACUUUAUAUCCUGGCUAUAUGACAGUGUAUAUUUAGUUGUAAGUGUAAAACGAACACAAUAACAAAGCACAAUUUAUAAACCACAAUUCCACUAAAAGAUCUUUUAUUAAAUAAAAUUUUAUUGAAGGCCUAAGCUUCAAUGUAUGCUAACAUAUUCUCGUAAAGAUUCCACCCAAUAGAGGUCACGAAGGUUAUGUCGGUACUAUGGUACUGUCUAGUCAAAGUAUUGUUUGUAUCAUAUUAUAGUAUUUGCACUUUAAUUAAUCAAAGGGGACUGAUUGCAUACAAAACAAAACACACUACUGGUUGUAGAGAUAAAAAAACGCUCAAAAUAUAAUUUAACUAAAUAAACUCCACGAAUCAACAACAAGUAUUAAAAUUAUAGAUGUACUUGUGUGUUAGUUCAUUUACUAGAAAUUAAUCAAUUAAGUAAGGCAAGGACUCUUUCCGAGCACACUUGGAGUAUUAAAUGUAACAUUCAGUGUUGUGUCAAAGGUUAAUAGCAGCUGUUCGAGUGAGUUAUUAAUUCGUUACGACUACGUUAGCAUCAAAGUCUGAUAGUAUAAUUGUCUGAAACAAUCAGUGCAUUUGUGUUUAAAGUUCAAUUAGUAUCAAUUGGUUGACACUUGUGUUAUAGACUAAGAUAUGUUUAGCCAUAGUAAGGUGAAGUUGUGUGAAACAACUAGGUUACAGGUUGUGUGCUAUUCCUAAAGAUAAGAUUACCUUGUGUUGGGUACACGCAACACCUAUAAACUAUAAUCUAUUUGCGAACAUUGCGUGCGAUUUAAAAUGGGUGUUUGGCGUUCAUAACAAGGUACCCUAAAUUCUUAUACAAUUCGAUUGUAUACAAAACGCAUCUAACUAUAUGGUUGAAUAUUAUUUACGGUAGUUGUAAAGAGUGCGUGAAACAUGACAAGUAGUCUGAAGUAAGCCAUGAAUCUCAAGGAAAUGCAAAAGUUCUAUGUUAACGUUGUAAACUUUAUAAAAUCUUGCGUAAAAUUGCUUAUACGUGUUACGAAGGAUACUAAAUAAAUAUUGUACAUGCGAUGCAUUACUAUAAAGAAUCGCCAAUAUAUUUUUUCUGUGUUUCAGCAAGCUUAGAAAGUAAGAUUGAGCAUUUUAAAGAAUGAGACUUAAAAUUCAACUAGCACGUUUAUUAAGUCCUUUUGUUUAAUCUUAUGCAAUACUAGUUUUAAGUGUUAAAUUGUUUUUACCAUAUAUUUAUGUUCUAUCAGAAAAUUUGUGAGAAUUAAGUAUGUAAUGAAGCGAUUCAAGUGCAAGACAUUUGAUUUCUGCCAAAGCAUAGGAACUUGAUAUUUUUUGGUGUUUCCAUUUAAGUCUUCCUUUUACUAAAAUGUAUUAAUUUUUUAUAUGGAAACAAGAUAUUUUUAAUAGAUUGUACAACUGUUUACUAGUCUUUGAAGAGUAGUAAGGACUGAAUUGUUUGCAGUUGUAUUUUUAUCUGUAAUUUAUAUAAAAAUAGUAAGAAGUAAGGUAUUAAAAUCUCAAUUGUUUUUGUUUAUUACUUGUACUAUUAUUUCAACAAUGUAAAUAGUUAUUUUUAACUUUAAGGAAUAAAUUGUAUUAUAACAAAGUAUAAAUACC